AUUGUGGCUUCCUUAAAACUAGCUAUAUGGCUGUAUAUCUCCGUUAACUCAGUGUAAAACUGCCCUAGGCAGCAGGCGAAUAUACAGUUACAGUUCAAGCUUAACCUUUCAUGAAGUUAUGACGUGACUUCGGUGUCGGCAGUGACUGUUAACGUUUUUAAAUAACCGCGACACUUCACACAAGUGUCUGGACUGAGCAGGAUGCUAGCGUGUGUCGUUAGCAAACCACUGCAGGAAAUUAGCUUGUUAGCUUAGACAGGCAGCCAAGUGUUACUAUGAAGCUUCACUUUUCCUCUUUGUCCUCAUACUCGAUUUAAAUAACCUCUGCGCCAUGAACACCGAGGCAAUAGUAAUCCGUAUAAAAACGCCGUCAGGGGACAUGGACUCGUCCGUCGACUGUCCAUCUCUUCUGAAUUUCAAUGACUUACUGGUUGCAAUCAGAGAUGUCAUGCCUGAAGCCACUGUCACAGCCUUUGAAUAUGAGGAUGAGGUGGGGGAUAGAAUCACUGUGAGAAGUGACGAAGAACUCAAAGCUAUGUUGUCAUAUUACUGUAACACAAUGAACGAACAACGCAUGAAUGGACUGCUGCCGGACCCUCUGCAGAUUUUUCCACGAGCCGGCAAGACUCCAGGGAUCCGGAACAUACAUGGCCUGAAGGUUAAUACAAGACCUAACCCAACAAAUGACUGCACUCAUGCUGUCCCCGACUCCAUGGCCAACAACAGCUUAAAAAAAUCUUCUGCCGAGCUGAAGAGGAUCCUGACAAAUGGGCAGAUAAAUGCCCAAGAUAUCCGCUAUCAAGAGCAGCUUGGCCAUGGAAACGGAGGCACAGUUUACAAAGCGUACCACGUUCUUGGCAGGCGAGUUUUAGCUGUCAAGGUCAUUCCCCUGGAUAUCACAGUGGAAUUACAGAAGCAGAUCAUGUCGGAAUUAGAAAUCCUGUACAAGUGUGAUUCACCGUACAUCAUCACUUUCUUCAGUGCCUUUUUUGUAGAGAACAGGAUAUCCAUAUGCACAGAAUUUAUGGAUGGUGGUUCUCUCGACGUGUACAAAAGAAUUCCAGAGCACGUCCUGGGGAGGAUAGCAGUGGCAGUAGUUAAAGGCCUGACAUAUCUGUGGAGCCUGAAGAUACUUCACAGAGAUGUCAAGCCCUCCAAUAUGCUGGUGAACACCCGGGGACAAGUCAAGCUCUGUGACUUUGGUGUCAGCACACAGUUGGUGAAUUCUAUCGCUAAAACGUAUGUGGGAACUAACGCAUACAUGGCGCCGGAAAGGAUAUCGGGAGAACAGUACGGCAUCCACGCAGAUGUCUGGAGUGUGGGAAUCUCGUUCAUGGAGUUGGCGCUGGGCAUGUUCCCCUAUCCACAGAUUCAGAAAAACCAAGGAUCUUUAAUGCCUCUCCAGUUACUGCAAUGCAUCGUUGAUGAGGAUCCUCCAGUUCUUCCUGUCGGCCAGUUCAGUGAAAAGUUUGUUCACUUCAUCACUCAGUGUAUGCGGCGGCAACCCAAAGAGAGGCCUGCCCCUAAUAACCUCAUGGAACAUUCAUUCAUCAUUCAGUAUAACGAUGGAAACGCAGAGGUGGUUUCCAUGUGGGUUUGUCGCUGUCUGGAGGAGAGACGAGCUCAACAGGCUCAGGGACACGUCUGACGUCCUCCUGCUGUCCGCCCACGUUGGACCAGGACGUUUGAUCCCAAACCUUGAACACUUAACGGCUUCGGGGUCAAGUACGUCCAUGUGCACUGUACAAGUGACUUUAUAUACAAGGACAAAUAUCACUAGAUGUCGAAUACUUCUUGUGAGUAAAUCUCACACGAAGUAUUUAUGUGUCUUGCGCUGUGACAUUGAGGAGCUCCUUUGAACUCUGAAUAUCUGCAUCCAAAACGUGCACAGAAACCUGCGCUGUCUUUACUUGCGGUGGUCUCCAUCUGCAGCUUCAUCCCGCCGUGCUUCAGGAGUAUACUGAAACCCAGUGAGCGUCGCAGGUCCAACUGAACUAAAUAACUUCAGAGUGUAAGACUGCAAUACGCUGGCAGUCAUCCUCUGUUUGUGGGAUGGGAUCUCAAAUAACCGGCUUGUGCUUUACUGUUGACAGCCCUCUCGUGAAUGUUAAGGUUUUUUGCCUGUGAGUAACUGCCCAUGUGUGUGCCUGUUUUUCCAGUGGUGUAAAUUAAUACCUCAGCAAACUUCGGUUGUACCUGUAACAGGAAGGGUCCCCCCCCCCCCCAAAAGAAAAACUACUAGUUUCGAUACCAGGACUAGAACAUUUGUACUCAGUUGUCUCCUAAUCCUGUGAGGAUACAAAGCUCGGUCUCUGUCUUAAGGAAUGUUUAAAUGAACAACAAGCCUGUGGUAUCAAAGAAUUUGAGACGCUUCUGCAGUGUUAAAAUGGAGUGAAAUGUUGACACGGACAAUGACAAAACGGUUCAUUGUUCACACCCACCGGGAGGAACCAGGGUUUAUUUCCAUUUUGAUCCUGCCUUUUUAUCUUUUAUUUCCAUUUGAAUGAACGGUCGGAGAGGAACUUGCGCUGGAGCAGUUCUCCGUGUUCAUUCAGCAGCCAUUUACGCAAACGCAACAUGAUCCGUAACUCUUCUUCCCCUUGCAAACCAGUUUUAAGCUUUUGUUUUAUCCACUUCUUCAUCAGUAAAUCCUUUAGGAAGAUAUGUCAUGUGCUUUACCAAAAUUAUACAAUUCUGUUGCGUUGCCUAAUGAGAUCAGCUGAUAGGCAGUGCUGUAGAGGGGAAGCAUUAAUGCAGUGCACUUAACGCCAAAGACCGUUGACGAACCAAAUGGUGAAUUAUAUGGAUUUCUCCUGACAGAGGCGCACUUAGUGGGUAAAGUGACUGAAAUGAAUUGCUUUGACAAUGUCUUUGUGUGCAGCUGUUGAAAUAUGUCGUGCUCAAGUGCAAUUAAAUGCCAUUACUUCCACAAAGGCACAGGAAACACAGCCAGCGGUGACGCGUGCAGCGGGAGCAUCGCUGGAAACAAACCUAACAGCAGUAUGUCAGGGCAACAAAAAAGGCUUAAAGCAUCAUUUUGUUAUACAUGUGGUGAGUACUUUCUUCAGUAUGCUGGUUGUGUACUCUGCUGUGUCCAAAUCCAUACUACACACAUAUGAAAUUUGUCUGGUUUUUGAUGGCCGACAAAGCAGUGUGUGGAAAACUGAUUGAAAAUGGCAGAGUGGCAGCUCCAGUAUCUUCUUGAAAACAAAAAAAGGAAAUCCAAUUCAGUUUUAGCUCAUGGUCAGCUUACUGGCUUCUAGAACUAGAAAGUAGAAAGUUUUGGUGCACGCUAGUAAGUGGAGUAUUUUAUCAGAUUUCUGUUCCAAAGGAUUUCUGUUUCUUAUAAAUACAAAAUCAUUCAGUUAAAAAUAUCUUAAAUACUAACCAAAACUGUUUACCAUGAAAGUUAAAUACAGCAGCCCAUACUGACAUUAACUGCUCAUCACUGCAGUGUAAUUGGUCAUAAUAGGUCAACAAGUGAAAACCAUAACAGGAAUAUAUUGACAUGGAUUUUUCCUCAGUUGCACAAAAAUUGAAAAUAUACCCUUCAUUAUAUCACACAUAUCUGAAUUAACUGUCACUGUGGGUAAAUCAAAUUCUACACAAUUAUCAGUGCAUCUGCGAGACAGAAGUUGUCCUUAAAUGCAACUUAAGCAGUGUGGUAAAACUAAUGAAUGCUUGCGAAAUAGGAGGAGUGUGAAGUGGCCGCUGGUUGCUCGUGAACACUCUGCAAAUAUUAAUGUAUUCUUUAAACCCAAAUGAAACCAAAAAAUGACUUAAAAAAAAAAAACUUUUUCAUUUAUCUGAACACAUGUACUUUAAACUCCAAAUCUUCUGAUAUUUUACUGUUUGGCAAUGUGUAUUCAUUGACUGUGAUUUCUAAAUAUGCAUCUGCAGUAUCGGUGAAAAUAUUUAUUAUUAUUAUUUUUUUACUUUUCAGCCUGCACAUAACAGAGAUCACCUCUUGUGACUCUAGCCCUGUUAUUUUUCCUGUCUUUGCUAAAACCACAAAGCAUUAAGUCAGUGAUGGGACUCAGCAGAAAUAUUAGUGCUGAUACAUUACUGACUGAUUAUGGCCUUUUCUGUACUUAUCUGUGUUGGCACAUAUUCCAACCAUAAUGCACAAGUAAUAAUAAAAUGUAUUUAAACAUAA